CAGGACAAAGUUUGGCAGAGACCGACUGGUUAAACAUGUCAUAAAUCAACCGAUCUUGUUCAGCUGAACAAGUUAGAAUCAAUCGGAGCACAAUUGAUUCCUAGAUCCCAUUGGGAUUGAAGAUUCUAUGGACCAAGCACAUAGACUUUGUUACUGGAUUCCUUUGGGAAUUUAAGAUUUCAUCGUGGAAGAACAGAACGAUAGAAAACUUAAAAUGACAGUUCUCAACAAGCAGAUUGUCGUUGCUUUAAAAACAUAUAUUCGUUGCAACAUGUUGAUGAGAAGGUUAACCAUGCAAAGGACAAUUGGGAUAAUGGUUUUGGCUGCUAUCGUUAUUUUAGUCAUCUACUUGAUUAAUAGUCACAUAAAAGAGACUAUUGAACAGUACAACAGGCUGGAGCUCAUGCAGGAGGAUGACAAUAAAAUCAACUGCACAAGAAUUAUUGAAGGCAAUGCUGAUGAGAUUGAGCAGGCUAAGCUUCAGGUGAUCACAGUUAAUUAUAAAAACAAACAUAGACCAAAAAUGGAUCAAUACUAUAUUGAUCUUACCAGAAACUGUGGGAACUUCACAAAGGUCCGCAAGUACUUAACAUUUCCUCUCAGUGAAGAAGAAAAAGAAUUUCCCAUUGCAUAUUCAUUAGUUGUUCAUCACAAAAUUGAUACAUUUGAAAGGCUUUUACGGUCCAUAUACACACCUCAGAAUUUUUACUGUGUCCAUGUUGACAAAAAAUCCCCAGAAUCCUUCUUGGCUGCUGUGAGAGGAAUUGCAGGUUGCUUUGAGAAUGUUUUUGUGGCCAGUCAGCAGGAAAGUGUUGUUUAUGCAAGCUGGAGCCGGGUACAGGCAGAUAUCAACUGCAUGAAAGACCUUCAGAGAAGGAGCUUGACAUGGAAGUACUUUAUCAACCUCUGUGGCCAGGAUUUCCCUCUAAAAACCAACCUGGAAAUAGUUAAAAUACUGAAGCGGCUGAAUGGGAGAAACAGCCUGGAAACUGAAACAAUGCCAUCUCAUAAAGAGACAAGAUGGAAGAAACAUUAUGAAGUUGCUGAUGGCACAAUAAAAAAAACAAGCAUUGACAAGGCUCCUCCGCCAAUUGAAACUCCAGUGUUUGCAGGUGGAGCCUACGUAGUGGUUAGCAGGAGCUUUAUUGAACACAUAUUGGAAGACCAGAAAAUACUUAAAUUCAUGGACUGGGCUAAUGACACCUAUAGUCCUGAUGAGUUCUUAUGGGCAACGCUGCAAAGAACUCCCGGUGUCCCUGGCUUUAUUCCAGUCAAUUCAAGGUAUGAUGUCACCGACAUGAACUCUGUGUCAAGGUUUAUUAAAUGGAGCUAUCAUGAAGGAAGCAUGUCCAAAGGAGCCAUGUACCCACCAUGCACUGGUGUGCAUGUAAGAUCAGUAUGUGUGUAUGGAGCAGGGGAUUUGAACCAUAUGCUGCAACAGCAUCAUUUAUUUGCAAAUAAAUUUGAUACAGACGUGGACCCAAUUGCCAUUCAGUGCUUGGAAGAACAUUUAAGACAUACAGAAAUUGUUGAAGCUACUAAACAUUAGAAACUCAUCUCAUUGGAGUUGAUUUUCAAAGCUUUUUUCCAAAAGGUAAAAAAAAAAAAAAAAAAAAAACUUUCAAGUUACAAAAUAAGAAAUAAACUUAAUUAAACUGCUUUGAAUGAAAUACCUGCUGCAUUUAUUUCUAAUUGAGUAAUUUUCUCUUAAUUUAUGCUUUGAAAAUCAGCCACUUUGUGUUUUAAGAGUUAUUACCCUUAUUUAAAAUAUUGACUAUCAUGUUUUAAUAACCUUUGCUGAUCAUGCAAAUGCAUAAACCAAGAAUAACAUGCAUGUCAUGGCCCCAAGGAUAUUGAUAAAAGGCAUUAUUAAGCCAUCUGUCGACCCAAAACCAGAAUACGUUUGACAAAUGGAUUGUAAAAUUAUAAUUUCAUUUUAGCCUGGGCAUUGGCAAUAAUUAGCUCUUAACAGAGAAAAGAGAUCAGAUCAUGUUUUUCAAUUUUAGGAGUCAGUUUUAAAGAACACCUUGAUAUGGAUAAACCUAACUUGUGUACAGGUAUUCUUGUUGUUUUGAUUCACUUUCUAUCAUUGUCUAUUUUAGUCAGAAUGUCCUCUGUGACCAUUUCUAUUUUAGUCAGCACCCCCUGUGGCCUCAAUGCAGUCCACAGAAUCAUGUCUAAGCUCCAAAUACAGCUGGUACCCCAGAGUUUAACCAUGUAUCUGCCCCCUAGUAGAUGUAAGAAAUACCAAUAUUUUUCCUACUUCACAUCCAUUUUUUAAUGUGAGCCCCAUCUUUAAAUAACUUUGGAAAAAUUACCCUAAAAAAUUGCUAAAUUGCACGAGAGGGCUUACAUAGGAAUCAAUAUGCAUGGAUAUAAAUAAGAAAGUGGCAGUAUACAUUUUAUUUCUGAAAAUAUAACCAAUGAGAGUUCCAUUAAAAGUGUAUCAGUAUCUAUAGUUCUUAUUUCAUGUUUGCUCCUCAAUUUUAGGCAAAAUUCCCAGACUUAUUCUGUAAGCAAGAUUCUAAGAGGAAGAAAAGACAUAGGUCUGAAAUGUACAGUUAUAAAGAAACACGUGUAUAGAAAACAUUAUUUGCAUUUUAAAACAUGGUAUCCGUGCUACCAUGCCUACCAGGAAGUCUAUUACUGCUUGACUUCUUGGUCAAAUAAUGCUACUGGCUGACAGCAUAUCAGUUGGGGAAGCAAAUGAUUGGUUAUUGAAAGGAAAGACGCCAGUGAAGGGGGAAGGACAAUUUCACCGUCCAGGUGAAAUGACCCUAAAAGAUAGUCUAAAAGCAUGGCUUGCAAAUGGAGAUUUCUUUAACCUAUUUAAAAAUAUAUGUUUGCUAAAACAUGUUUCUUUCAAAAUUGCACAUUUGAGAUCUAGAAAAAUGAAUGGAAAUGUUUUGUUUGUUGCAAUAACUUUAAAGACUUUUCUGUUGAUGUCUAUUUAAGUAACAUGUUCACAAAAAAACAACAUUCUAUAAGAAAGUGCUGUGCACUAUCCAUUUAUUAUUUGCUAAACAUUUUUUGACUGCAUAUAUAUGUAUAUUUAUUAUAAACCUGCAUAUACAUACGUACACAUAUAAUAUAUACAAGUUUUCAUACAAAACCAUAGCUUCAGGAAUUCUGAUUCUUCUGGCAUUCUACGAACUGAGCUAAAAUCCAUCACUUUAGGUUAAUGAUAUAAAAAUUAUCCAAUCAAAAUGUUUAGUACAGUACAUUUUCAAAAUAUUAGUAGUAAAUCUAUGAUAGGCUACCCCCUACUCGCCCACAUCUCUCACUACAUAAUGUAGGCUCAAAGCAAUCAGCUAUCCGAUCCAAGCGCUCUGUUAUUUAUUUUGUAUGUAUUUUGUAUUUGUUGCAAAGUUCAGCAUUUUUUUAUAACCUUGCUUAUAAAACAACUAAACUAUAAAGCACUAUCAUUUCAUGAGUCUGUGACUGUGAGUCUGUGUUAUUUUGUAAGGUAUUUGUUGUAUUAUUAUGAUUUAAAAUGUAUUGUUUAGUGUGUAAAAACGCAGUGUUUAUUUUAUUGUUUUACAGCAUGGAUGGGGUUAAAAUUCCCCAUCCAGCUAAACCCGUGCAGAAUGUGAUCGUCUCCAGAUUGAUUAAUUUAUUACUAAUCUGGAGACGAUCACACGUAUAAAAACCUGCAGCUUCGGCUGAAUGGGUUUAGUGUGUUAGAGGCGUAACGAGAGACGUGAGUCGUGAGGUAAAGAGAAUUAAAAUCAAGUAUAACAAUUGCUACCCGUGCAGGUUUUACACCAGCAUGCUCCUUGUUUAAAUUUGUGUUUGUUUUGGCCAUCGUACCGUUGUUUUAUUAUUUUAUUUAA